ACCGGAGUGAAACGUGCCAGAAGUCCAUCACCUCCUGUAGUACAGCUCUAUCCAUCACGUCCACAAGGAUAUCCACAGGGUUACCCUGCUUCAUACCAAACAACUGCUACAUACCAACAAGGUCAUAGCAGUUACAACACUGGAAAAUCUAGUACCAAUUAUACCAGCCAAUCACAUGUGACCUAUCCAGGUGCUCAACAACAAUCAACACAUAGUAAUUACCCAGCCAACCAAUCAACAAGCAGCAAGUAUCAAGGCAGCCAAUCGGCAUUCAGUUCCUUUUCUGGACAUUAUGUGCCUGCUCAGCAGCCUUUAAAUGACAAGUAUCCACAGAAUUAUCAACAACAACAACAGCAGCAGCAGCAACCACCACCACAACGCUAUGUACAAAGUGGACAGCAUAAUUCUAGUAUGUCAAUGCAACAACAGUUAGAACAUGCUAACCAGCAGUCAGGAUUUACGGAAGAACAGGGUCAUUUCAAGUUACAGCAGCAGCAGCAGCAACAACAACAACAACCAUCAUCAUCAUCAUCAUCAGCUGCAGCAGCAGCAGGAGAGAAGAGGAGGUCAGCCACAGAGUCAUAUCAGACCUACAAUGAAUACACAGCCACACCACCAAACUAUUCAUACUCAGCCACCACAGCAGCCACCGCAGCCACGGCAGUCAUUGCUAUCACAGCAACAAUUGCAUCUAAAUAAACCAAGUAUAGUUGGAGGGUUUGGCACCAGACAAACAAGACCAAGUUCUCCAAUAUACCAUCAAAAACAGCAACCUGCACAACCACAACUAGCUACUGGUUACCAAAGUCCACGUCAUGGCCAUCCAUCGAAUUACAUUGUGCAGCAGCAGCAACAACAACAGCGACAAUCUCAUCAACAACAACAACAACAACCUGGAAGUCAAUACUAUUAAAUGUUUCUGGUCAUCUUUAUUUCAUUUUAUUCUCUACUUUGACAAAUUAAUUAAACCUGCAAAAUUUAUGUGCCAUCAUAUAUUUUAAGAAAACAAACAAACAGUUUAACCAGAAAUAUUUUUUUUAAAAAGAGACUUUCUGUAUCACACUACAGUAAAAGAACUGAGAAUAAUAUUGUAUAUAGCAGCUACUAUAAAUUAAUAACUUAAAGGUAUAUUUUAAAUAUUGGUCAUUGUACUGUUUGUAUCAAUGCUUUUAUAUACAUUUGUGUUUGUGGUUCUUUAUUACAAUAGUGUUGUUGUUAUGGUGAUGUGGGUAUGCUUAUUCCAAGUUGAAUCUUGAAGUCAAUAUUUCUGUGAAAACAUGAGAAAUGUCACUUCAUGCAUGCCUGUUAAACACUGAAUAAAAUAAGUGUUUGUAGUGAAUUAUGUAUAGAGUA